AAUGACACAUAGCAUAAACUUUUCUGUAUAAUUUUUUUUCCCUCCCCUCGUUAUUCUUUUCCAGUAACAACAAAGUGGCCUUCAUUUUUAUCUCCCCAAGUUCACUCGUGGCCCCAAAACUUACAUAAGUGGCACAACACAUCACAGAAUCUCCACCAUUAGACACACACUUUAGCCCAAUAUCAACUAUAAAUACCCUUCUACCCCUCCCUUUGUAGUUCAAUAUUUGUCCAUUUCCCAUGUCAGUGUGAACACGCACACCCGUGAGAGCAGAAAGAUAGUCAUGGACACAAGAACAUUGCUCCUGAAACUACUCAUCACUCUUGUGGCUCUUUCAGGAUGCUCUUCUUCGGCUUCAGAUCAUUUGGUUAAUGUAUCCAAGUUGGAGAAGUUCGUGGAUGAGCUUCCUCACAUGCCCAAAAUCCUUGGCUAUCAUCUUUCAGAUGGCGUCCCAAAAUCUAAGUCUUUGAAGAUUGGCAUGUUCAAGAAGAAAUGGAAAUUCCACAGGGAUCUGGCUCCAGCAACAGUGUACGCUUUUGGAACAACCAAACACACAGCAACAGUUCCUGGUCCAACGAUCGAGGCCCUCUAUGGCGUUGACACCCACGUGAGAUGGCAAAAUCACCUCCCUCCAAAGCACAUACUUCCCUGGGACCCUACGAUCCCCACCGCGAUGACCAACUCCACACGUGGCAUUCCCACAGUGGUCCACCUUCACGGUGGGAUCCACGCGCCAGAGAGCGACGGAAACGCCAACGCAUGGUUCACAUCGAAAUACAACGAAAGGGGACCAACAUGGACAAAGAAGACAUAUCACUACCCAAAUAAUCAACAACCGGGGAACCUAUGGUACCAUGACCAUGCCAUGGGGUUGACCCGAGUCAACCUUCUAGCUGGCCUACUCGGAGCCUACAUCAUUCGCCACCCUCAGAUCGAGGACCCGCUAGGCUUACCCAGCGGUGACGAAUUCGAUCGAACGCUGAUCGUGUUCGAUCGCAGCUUCCGCACGGACGGUUCGAUCUUCAUGAGUUCCACCGGGAACAACCCUAAAAUACACCCUCAGUGGCAGCCAGAGUACUUCGGCGACGCCAUCAUUGUCAACGGCAAGGCGUGGCCGCGCCUCACGGUGCGACGUCGUAAGUAUCGAUUCCGCAUAAUCAACGCCAGCAACGCCAGGUUCUUUAGAUUCUUCUUCACCAACGGCUUGAGAUUCACCCACGUGGCAUCCGAUUCGGCUUACAUCGAGAAGCCCGUAACGACCAAUGAGACGCUGGUGGGGCCAUCUGAGAUCACAGACAUCGUUGUUGACUUUUCUCAAUCCAAGAGUAACUUGGCUAUUCUAGCCAACGAUGCAAAAUAUCCUUACCCUGCCGGUGACCCCGUCAAUGAGGCUAACGGCAAGGUUAUCAAGUUUAUCAUCGUACCUGAUCAAGAAGUUGACACGUCACGGGUCCCUAAACGGUUGUUAGAAUACCCUGUUGUUGAUUUAUCCAGUGUGGCGCACACACGGUAUGUUGCUAUGUACGAGUACGCGAGCGACAUUGAUGAGCCGACACACUUGUACCUAAAUGCGAAACCGUAUGAAGCAGCGGCUACGGAAACCCCGAAGGUGGGGUCCACAGAGGUGUGGUAUGUGAUCAACUUGACGGAGGAUAAUCACCCGCUUCACAUUCAUUUGGGUUUGUUCAAGGUGUUGGAUCAGACGGCGCUGGUGAAACCGGAUGAUGAGUUUAGAGAAUGUAUGAAGAAAAUCAACGAUGCGGUCAAGUGCCACGUGGACAAGUACGCUCGUGGCAAGAAAGAAGAGGUGCCGGCUCAUGAGAGAGGGUGGAAGAAUGUGUUCAAGAUGAUACCUGGGCAUGUGACGAAGAUUGCCGUGAGGUUUUCUUACAUACACACCAAUGCUUCAUAUGUGUUUGAUGCAACCACAGAGCCUGGCUACGUCUAUCAUUGCCAUGUAUUGGACCAUGAAGACAAUGCUAUGAUGAGACCCUUGAAAAUCAUCAAGUGAUGUUUCUCAACGAAGCCAUAGAAUGGAAACAUGUGCAGCAACUUAGUUAUACUCAACGAAGGAGGAUAUGUGGAGAUAAAUAAAUAAAUAAAUAAAUGUUAUUAUAAGCUCUGUCAUUUUUCAAAACUUCAAAUUCUUGAUGAGAUAUAAAUUAAAGAAACUAAUCUAAUGAAACUAAACAUAUAUGGAUGGGGGUGUGGGUUGAUCAGUCCUAUAAUAUAUAUCCGCAUCUAUUCUAGCUUAUUAAAUUUUCCCAUCCCUGGCAUUGAACGUGAUCCAUUGCGUUUACUUUUGUGCCUGCUGGUUGUUGACACUUGACAAAGCCCAUGGUUGAGGGCCCGAGAGCUAAGACAUUCAUAAGCUACAAAUACUAUAUAUCUUCAGAUAAA